AUGUCUGAGCCCAUCAGAAAUAAGAAGGCUGAUUUCCCGGUCGCACCGACCCCGCAAAACACCCCGGCCAACAACGCUCCUAUCUCUUCCCACGCCCAGCAGCCUGGUGUUUCCAGCAUCAAGGAAGAGUCCCUUGACAAUGCCGCCGCUGCCUCUCUCUUCGCCCGCAACCCUGCCCUUGUCUCUAUGAUCCAGGGAAAGCUGGGUCAACUUGUCGGUCGCUCAUCCGGCUACAUCGAAUCCCUCCCCCCAUCUGUCCGCCGCCGUGUUGCUGGCCUGAAGGGUCUUCAGAAGGAGCACGCCAAGCUCGAGGCUCAGUUCCAGGAAGAGGUGUUGGAGCUCGAGAAGAAGUACUUCGGCAAGUUCACCCCACUGUACCAGCGUCGUUCUACGAUAGUCAACGGUGGUGUCGAACCUACUGAGGAGGAGAUCGAGGCCGGCAAGGAGGACGAAGAGGAGGAUGAGGAGGAGGAGGAGACCAAGGAGGAGCCCAAGAAGGAGGAGGGUGAGCCCAUGAGCGGCAUUCCUGAGUUCUGGCUGUCUGCUAUGAAGAACCAGAUCUCUCUCGCCGAGAUGAUCACCGAGCGCGACGAGGAGGCUCUUAAGCACCUCAUCGACAUCCGCAUGGAGUACCUUGACCGACCCGGAUUCCGCCUCAUUUUCGAAUUCUCCGAGAACGAGUUCUUCACCAACAAAACUAUCUCCAAGUCAUACUUCUACAAGGACGAGAACGGAUACGGUGGCGAUUUCAUUUACGACCACGCCGAUGGCUCCCAGAUCGACUGGAAGGAGGACCAGGACCUGACUCUUCGCCUAGAGAGCAAGAAGCAGCGCAACAAGAACACCAAGCAGACCCGCGUUGUCAAGAUCAGCGUGCCCACCGAAUCCUUCUUCAACUUCUUCUCGCCCCCACAGCCCCCCACCGAGGAUGAUGAGUCAGUUGCCAGCGACAUUGAAGAGCGCCUGGAGCUUGACUACCAGCUCGGUGAAGACAUCAAGGAGAAGCUCAUUCCUCGUGCUAUCGACUGGUUCACCGGUGAGGCUCUUCAGUUCGAGGAGUUGGGUGACGAUAUGGAUGCCGACGACUUUGAGGAUGAGGAUGAUGAGGACGAGGAUGACGAUGAGGACGAGGACGAGCGUGGGUCAGACCGUGAUGUGGACGAGGAGGACACAGACGAAGAGGACGAUGGUUCAUCCAAGCCCAAGAAGGAGGCCGCCGAGUGCAAGCAAAACUAA